GAUCUUAGAGCGGAGAACAUGUGAGAGGGGAAUGGGAAACUGGAAACUGGAUUACAUUUUACAGAAAGACGCAAAAGGGGUUACGUUCAGGAUUUUGACAAGGCGCAGCGGCUCCGUUGAGUAGGUACCUAGGACAUCCCCACGGCGGCCAGGGCGCUUUCAGCGGACACUGGGGGAAAGAAGGACUAAUAUACCAAAGAUGAACACAAUUGUGUUUAAUAAGUUAAGCAGCCAGGUUUUAUUCGAGGAGAAGGCGAAUGAGGUGGAAAGAAGCAGUCGAAAUUAUUUAGAGGUGAUAGAUGGACAGCAUCCAGACCUGCUCGCCAGCAGCCCAGUCAUCAAAGACAACUCAGUUAUCCGGCACAGGAGAUCCGGGUCUCGUCAGAACCCAGGAAAGGUACGGCAUAAACGGCAAGCUCUGCAAGACAUGGCCAGGCCUUUGAAACAGUGGCUCUACAAACACCGGGACAAUCCGUACCCCACUAAAACAGAGAAAAUCCUUCUUGCGCUUGGCUCACAAAUGACACUUGUGCAGGUGUCUAACUGGUUUGCCAAUGCUCGACGGCGGCUGAAGAACACAGUUAGGCAGCCUGAUUUGAGUUGGGCCCUUAGGAUCAAACUCUACAACAAAUAUGUCCAGGGCAACGCAGAAAGACUGAGCGUCAGCAGCGAUGACUCCUGCUCUGAUG